AUGUGUGUGGUCAUGGCCGUUAUCGUGUUUGUUCUAGGCACAUUUGUCACCAGCCAUUACAAAACAAUCCUAGUUCCAAAAGACAUGUAUUUUCCUCAAUUUACUACAAUUACCCGAACCCACUCUUCCUCAGUCUACCUAUGUCACAGAUCAUCACCUUCUUCAUUAACUCAUGGUGUGGAAUUUAUUGAUACCACUGGGAUUGUGGAUCUUUCCCACUCAAUGAGCGACGAUGAGCUCAUAAAGAAAGCCAUGAAAGUACCAAGUGUUGCGGAAUAUCCAAAGAAAGUGGCCUUCAUGUUCUUGGCAAGGGGGCAUUUGCCCUUGGGUUUAUUUUGGGAAAAAUUCUUCAAAGGAAAUGAAGGUCUUUUCUCAAUCUAUCUUCAUACAUCUCCCGAUUUCGUCUAUGAACCACCAAGUUCUUCGGUGUUUUAUAAAAGAAGCAUACCAAGCAAGCCUGUUCAAUGGGGGAAACCAUCCAUGAUUGAUGCCGAGAGACGACUACUAGCAAAUGCACUACUCGACUUCUCUAAUCAAAGAUUUAUAUUGCUAUCGGAAACAUGUAUUCCUCUAUUCAAUUUCAAAACCGUCUAUAACUACCUUAUAAAUGCCAACAAAAGUUUUCUUAGCUCUUUUGACGAUCCAAGAAAAAUGGGCCGUGGAAGAUACAACAAGCGUAUGGGCCCAACGAUUACAUUGCAAGAUUGGCGUAAAGGCUCCCAAUGGUUCGAAGUUAACAGAGAGCUUGCAAUUGAAAUAGUUUCUGACAAAAUCUAUUAUAAUGUGUUUCAAUAUCAUUGCCUGCCACCUUGUUAUAUGGAUGAACAUUAUUUACCUACACUUGUAACUAAGGUUCGUCCUGAUUUAACUACAAAUACAACCGUGACAUGGACCGAUUGGUCUGGUGGGGGUUCUCAUCCGACGACGUUUAUGAGAAAAGAUAUCACGGAAGCGUUUCUAAAUCGAAUUAGAUACGAGUCAAAUUGUAUCUACAAUGGUGUUAAUAGCUCGAUUUGCUUCUUGUUUGCUAGGAAGUUUCAUCCAAGCACUUUAGAGCCAUUGUUGAAGAUGGCUUCAAAGUUGUUCGGGUUUUAGACUUUUAGCCCAUAGAGUUCAAUACAUGCUUGUAUUAGUUUUAACGACCAUAGUAUAUAUA